GAUCCUCCUCUCUUGCAGCCUGAGCAAUCUUUUCCCGUCCACCCUCUUCCAGCCGUUUCCCACAUUUCGUGGUUUUCCCAUAAAGCCUCUCGUUUUACGACUGCCAUUAUAGAAGAGGAAUACAAGACCGUUGACAUGACAGAGAAUCCCAACAAGAUUCGGGCAAGAGUUGCGGCUCUCAGUGGGUCGCUAGACGAGUUGGAAGCCAAGUUAGAACCUCUACUUGCUCAAUCACUUCCCGAAACGCUUGUAGGCCUGGAAACCAUCCAACAAGCGAAGCUGCAGGUUGCUAUACCCUAUCUAGUCUAUGACCUUGUCUUCAUUUAUUUGAAAACGUGCGGGAUUGACCCAAAGACGCAUCCUGUCAUCACUGAAUUAGAUCGGAUACGACAAUACUUCGACAAGAUCAAGAAUGCGGAAGACCCAGAUAAGAGGCGCAAUGCUCUAGAUAAAGCGGCUGCGAACAGGUUUAUCAAGCAUGCUAUUUCACAGUUCAAAGCUAUGCGUCCUCCAGGCGACCAAGAAGCUGGUCCUUCCCAUAUUCGCUUCGACGACGAGGGAAAUGAACAAAUUCCUGUGAGGGUCACAAGUAAAAUGAUCGCGCGUGCAGAGUACGAGAAAGAGUUGAAAGAGCUGGGAAGCGAGGAAGAAGAUGACCUUGAAGUCUUUGGAAAUGACGAGGACGCGAAGAUGGACAACGACUCGCCAGAAAUAGCGUCAUCGAGAAAAGGGAAAGGAAAGGAAAAAGCAGCUAAGGAGAACAUGACGCAAGAAAAUACCGGACAAAAACGUCGGAGGCCACCGAUGGAUCCGUUUGCAGGGUAUGGGGAUGACCCGAAAGAGCCCGACCAAGCAAAUACAUCUCAACCUCACGGUAAUUCUGUCAAUGCCAAGCAGAACGAUGAGACACAAUCUAGCCGCAGCACACCGACAUCCGUAUCGGACUCGACGAGUCAACCUCAGACAAAGCGAGACAAGCACGCUGCGAAGAAAGCUCGUAAAAAGGCGAAACGUACGACAUCUGCAGCUUAAACAUGCACUGUUUAGUUCUGGAACAUGUGGAAUAGCUACAUUGUAUGUCUAUUGCGUUAGUGUUGUGACGUCUCCUUUUCUUUCUUUCUAGGAAUGUCUGCUUUGGCCGGCCGACAGACAACUGCCAAAUGCAAUGAACAUGCGCCCGUGCGAAACACUACAUCCUUGCCGAAGUUCAAUUACUGGCGACUCGUCCUUUGGCCGUUCACACUUCAUGUAUAAACGAACCUUCGGGCGUGUAGUUUGGUUGUUCCUGACCGCUCUUGGACAGAGUCUGCGGCGUAGACACACCACUGCGAAUGAGGUUGCAAUGUCGAGCACUAGACAAGGUACAUAUUUCGUUAUUGUGCAAGCUCGCUACUCCCUUCCCCAGGAGCGCCACAGAGGAUGUCGCCUUUACUUUACCUCCAAUAAUACAACGGCCUCACUCAGCAGGCAUAAUCAGAGCAACCCUAAGCUAUUUCCCUUGUUCCCUGAGGAUCAUCCUAUAUCACUCCCUUGUCGCCACUGGAAAACGCCGUGGCAAGGAGCUGCACCCAGGUAUCUUACGCCUUCCUCUGAACCUGGCCCUGAACAUAUCUUCUCGAGAUCCUCACGGCGUAUAAUCUUCGGCACUACGAUUUCUUGAUUCCGCGGCGUUGAUUUUCCUCUCCUCAAAGACUCUGUUACCGAGCGUUAGUUCGAAUUUGAGUGUGAAUUUGAAGGGCAUAAGCCCUAAGCGCCGAUGGUUCCUUGUUUCGUGUUCUGUAUAUGCAUGCGAUGCAGGUAGACAGUACUUUUCAUGUUUUAGACCUU